UUCUUAAAACGCUGUCUAUCCGCUCAAAAUCUCAGUGUCGAAAGCUUCUAGUAAUGUCGCCAAGAAAGUGUGACCAAAAUGUCUCUCUCUAAAAGAGAAAUGUUUCUCUCACUAAAGUCUAAAACAUUUCCCGUAUUCAAUUCUGGGCUGUGUUUUUCGUUUUUUUUGAACGUGUCGGCUGUGUUUUUCUUAAUCAUGCGCUCUCCUAAUAAGAACUAGGUUUCAUUGCUGGAGCUUGCAGUUGUAGAGAUUCAUGGCUGAAACUAUGGCGCCCGAAAUUGCAGAAAAAAUCGACGAUCGGCUGGAAUUAUCACCGGAAAUUGAAUUUCCAGCCAAUUUUCUCUCUAGUUCUGUGUCUUUUAGAGCGGAUGUGAAGACUAAGAAGAAGAUUUCUAAGCGGAUUAGCUUAGAUGAAGAUGACUUUGUGAACUUCUUGCAUGGCUCUGAUCCAGUUAAGAUCGAGCUUAAUCGUCUCCAAAAUGAAGUAAUAGACAAGAAUCGUGAACUAGUAGAUGCUCAGGCAGAGAUUAAGGCUUUAAAGCUGACUGAUAGGAUAAAAGAAAAGGCUCUCGAAGAGCUAACAGAGGAGCUGAGAAAGAUGGUGGAAAAAUUCCAGGCAUCUGAAGCUGCAUUAGAAAAUAAGAAUCUAGAGAUUAAGAGGGUUGUAGAUGAAAAGAAAGCGGCUUUGGCUGCUCAAUUUGCAGCAGAGGCUACUCUUCGAAGAGUCCAUGCUGCACAGAAGGAUGAAGAGUUGCCUCCAUUGGAGGCUAUACUCUCCCCUCUAGAGGCUGAGAUUAAGCAAUUGCGACAAGAGGUCUCAAAGUUGCAGGACGAUAAUAGGGCCUUGGAGCGCCUAACAAAAUCCAAGGAAGCUGCUUUGUUGGAAGCUGAGAGGGAUGUACAAUCUGCGUAUUUCAAGGCAUCGCUUGUUGAUGAGUUACAAAACAGGAACCAGGAGCUUAUGAAACAGAUUGAAAUAUCACUGGAAGAGAAUAAGAUUCUAGACAAGAUAAACCGCCAAAAGAUUGCAGAGGUUGAGAAGCUAGGACAGACAGUUCGGGACCUAGAAGAGGCUCUUCUUUCUGGGGCUGCCGCUGCCAAUGCUGUGCGAGAUUAUCAGCGGCAAGUCAGUGAGCUGAAGGGAGAGAAAAGAACCCUUGAGAGGACACUGUCCCGUGCAAAGGUUGUGGAAAAUCGGGUUGCAGUUGUAGUUGCGAAUGAAUGGAAAGAUUCAGAUGGAAAAGUCAUGCCUGUUAAGCAGUGGCUCGAAGAACGGCGGUUCCUCAUGGGAGAAAUGCAGCAGCUUCGUGACAAGCUGUCUAUAGCAGAACGAACUGCUAAAACAGAGGCUCAACUCAAAGAGAAGUUUCAACUAAGGUUGAAGGUUGUUGAGGAUGGAUUGAGGUCAUCAUUCAAUGGGGGUGUGCGUUCUUCAGAGCUUCAAAACUGUUCAAAUGGUGUAUCUCGACGUUUAUCACUGGGAGGAUUUGAGAAUUCUACCAAGCUUUCAUCGAAUAGUUUUGGGACAAAGAAAGUACCUAGUCUAACAAGGUCCUCAACAAUGUCCAGCACUUCUUCAAGUGCACUUCUGAAACAUGCCAAAGGAGCAUCAAAAUCAUUUGAUGGCAGCAAAUCGUCUUCUGAAGGCCAAUCAAUUGAUGGAAACAAAUCAUUUUCUAAUGGCUUAGAUGAUCCUUGUUUUGGAAACAACACAGACGAAUCAUCUAUGAAUACUAUAAAUAACUCAGGGAGAGAGAUUUGUUGCAAUAAGCAGUCUGAAUUUGCAGAACCUACAUCAACUGAUCUAGUGUCUGGUAUAUUAUAUGACAUGUUACAGAAAGAGGUGAUUGUUUUGAGAAAGGCAAGUCAUGAAAAGGAUCAAAGUCUUAAAGACAAGGAUGAUGCAAUAGAGAUGCUAGCAAAGAAAGUGGAUACAUUGACAAAAGCUAUGGAGGUGGAGGCCAAAAAAAUGCGUAGAGAAGUAGCAGCAAUGGAGAAGGAGGUGGCAUCCAUGCGAGCUGAUAAUGAACAUGGUCAAAGAGGGAGGCGUCUUAGUGGAUCCUCCAAAGGGUUGCUUAACAAUGCUCACAUGAUAUCAGGAAGAAACACAAAAAUCCCAUGAGAACGUGAGAUUUACUUCGUCGUGAAUUCCGUACAUACUAUGUUAGUCUCUCAUGCGUGAUGCAUAUUUUUUGCAUCAGCUAUUUAUGAACUUUGUAAAUAAGGAUUUUCCAUCCUCUGAAAUCAGUUGUUCCAAUAAAACCUCCCCCACUCUCUCUCUCUCUCUCUAUCACCACAUACACAUGCAUGCAGUCAAACAUGCAGGCAAAACCUUUUUUCUUCUUUAAAAAGUACAGAAAGCAGGCCUCUAUUGGAUUGUUACUUGUGGAGGAGUGGUGGUCUUUCAUGGUUUGCAUGGGUGGCGCACAGUUGAAGGUCUCUUUGGAAAAUGAAGGAGACUGUAGUGAAGGCCAAACCCGCUCUAGAAUCUCGAAGGAAGAAUUUGUGAAUGUAAAUACAUCUCUCUCUCUCUCUCUCCAUAUUUUGCAGUUGGCAUUGAGCCUCUUAUCUCAAGGCAUAUCUUGCAGUUGGUACUGAGCCACUUAUCUCGAGGCAUGUAAGUUAAGCAGUCGUGUACUAAACCCAUUUAAAAUGGCAUGGACAUUUGCGAACACAAAUGAAAGCUACUGCUUUUUUCAGUGCCCAGAAGUUGCCAGUUCGACUUGAAACUGCCUGAGUCAAAUUGGAACGGCUACACACCUGGUCCGACCCUCCCUGAACUGGGACUCAGGACCCAGGGUAUAUAAACAUCAUAAAUUAUUGUAAUAAAAAUAAUAUUUUUAGGGCUUGAGGUUUAAACCUUGUUUAUACACUUGAACUCUUGUUAUUUUUUUAUUUGAUUUAUUUGUUAGAUUUUGUUUGGUUGAAUAGACCAAGCCAAUUUGCCGACUUGGUUUGUUAACGUGGGUGGCCUGUUCAACCCAUUAAUCAGAGUUUAUAAACAAUGGACUUUUAAGUA